AUGUUGGCAGUUGAUCAGACAACUCGACUUAGAGCGCUUAAUGAAAAUUAUGUAUCCUUAGAAGUAAAUGCCGACAAUCCUGAGCUAGUAGAUUUAAGUAAUUUGCUCCAUCAGAAGAACAACCGCGUCCAUUGCCUUGAACUUUACGAUUCAAGUAACCAAAGCAAGGAAAUAGAUUUGAAGCUGUUUCUUGCCAUAAAAUGUAAUCUUAUUUAUAACGAUUCCCUUACUGUCCUCAUCUUGAAGAAAAUAAUUUUAGGAAAGAAACAGAUUGAACUUCUAGCCGAGGCCCUGUCCACAGCACGAUGGAUUCAACACCUUUCUCUUCAAGAAUGUGGCUUGACGGAUGAAUGUUGCAAGAUUCUUUGCAAUUCUCUACCUAAGGCACCAUCCAUUUCUACGCUUGACAUUUCUGGAAACAAGAUCACAGCUGAAGGAGCUGUAGCUAUUUCCAAUCUUUUGAAGCACGAGGCACUGUCCAGAGGAAUUAGUUGUUGGAUCAGAUCUUUAAGGGGAAGAACAGUUGACAAGAAAAAAGUUCUCGGCCUUUCUAGGCUCACGUUAAACGACAAUUUUAUCACUGACGAAGGCCUCGAACAUAUUGUUGAUUGCCUUUAUGAUGACUUUUGGAUCAAAGCAAUUGAUAUGCAGAACUGCUACGUAACAAACGAAGGAGCAAAGCUUGUUCUAAGACUUCUGGAUGUCAACAAUGACAUUGCGGUGUUUGAUUUGCGUCACAACAAUGGUAUCAGUACGAUGCUCUUGACUUCUAUCAUUAAAAAGAUAGCUAGAAACAAGAAACCACUUUCUGAUGAGAAUGGGGGAGAAUGGCUCUCUUCCCAGAAUGAGAAACUGGAGGAUAUUCCAGAAUAUGGACAGAUACUCCCGAAAUCUUCAUCGGUAACCAGAAAGAACUCUGCAACUAAUAUUUCUAACCAUCUCAGGAGAACACAGUCUUGCCGAGAUCAACGUAAUCAAAGGUUUGGUAGCGUUCCUGUUUGGAAAAGGAUCAGCGCUGAACACUUAAAGUAA